UACACGUCCACUAAUCAAGUUACGUUAUCGUAUUUAAACAGAUAACCCGAAAGACGGAUCAAGAAAAAGAAGUUCAAUAUGGACGUAUUUUAACGUUUUGAACGGGAACAUGUACCGUUGUAAGUUCUGCAGCGUGAUGAUGAAGAGCAACCAGGCUAGACAUUUAAGAGCGAAACAUCCGAAGGCGUUCAAGCAAUGGAAAGAGAGUAGUAAAAGCUUCGGAGAAACAAAAUACAGCAAAGUUGUACCAUCGCAUCAAUCAGCUAGACGUGGUUGGAUAAAAGAUUACCUGAAAAAAAUUAGCGAAGGAAAAUACGAAUGCAAAAUAUGCUCGACCAUUUUGAAAAUGCCUCAUGGAAUCUACGCUAAUAUGAAGAGACAUUUGAAAAUGAAACAUCCGUUGAUAUAUGAAGAAGAAAUGAAAGUUAACGGUGAACAAUCUACGGCUACUGAUGUGGUAGAGUACGUUGUUGAGUAUGUUGAUGAUGAUGCCACGUCCAUUGACAGUGAUGAAAUAUUAAGCGCUAUUAGAGGAGAAGUCAAAGAAAAGCAAGCGAACGCUCCGAUUUAACUGGAAAAUUGAUUAGUAAUGAAAGAAGUGGUUAGAAUUAAAGUGUAGAUAUUUUAAAGGGAUGCGUAAAUUCUUGAAUAAUAUUUUUUUAUAGAUUAUGGUAUGUUUUUAUUUUGAAUAGGUUGAUAAGUUGUAGUUUAAAUAAAUAAAUUAACGUUAUUCAACAUUUGUUGUUCAACAUUUAACGUAUACUGUGUUAAUAAUAAAUAUUCAAAUAAAUUGUUAGAGUAAAUGUAAAAGAAGUUACAUUUUAUGUCAUAAAUAGGGGGACAUGUUCAUUUUCUUGCCUGGGAGGAUAUUUCUCUAUAUAAAAUGCGAAUGAUAAGCCACACGAAAAGUUUAUUUAUUUCAAAAAUGUUCAGGAAGCAAUGUGUGCUUGUAAGUGAAGCAGAUAGAGAACAAAUUUAAAUAAGGAUUCAAAAUCUAUUGUAUUACUUUAAAUUUACAAUUUAUGACGGUUGUGCAUAUUUUUCAGUUUCUGUUCACCAAUAUUUAAAGAAAUUUCUUAAAAUUUUGAAAUAUUUCAAAUCUUAUUAUGUGAUUAAACCCAAUUUAGGAUGUGUAUUUAAUUUUGUUGAGAUUCUCAUAAUUAUCAUUAGAAAAUGGCUACCACAGAUAACACUUAAUAACACAAUUCCUGAUCUAGCAGGUAAAAUGGUUCUGGAUAUGUUGUCUCAAUAACAAGUAACAGGAAACACAGUUAAUGUUUAUACCAAUUUAAGGUACUCAACAGAUGUUUGAGGUAAUACAAAUGUAAAUAGUCUGACGUAAAUAAAUUUUAGACAUACGUGCGUUUUUCAAAUAACGCUUUACAAUCAUAAUGUUAAUAACAGAAGGUGUUCAAGAAUGUUAGUACUACAUUAAAAAUUAAUGCAAACUGCAUUUUUAUCUUUGUAUUUAAACAGGUGUA